AUGAUCGAUAAAACACUCCAAUUCCUAGUGGGCCACGCUCAAGAAUCACCUAUAGCAUUCGUGGCAUAUUUCGCAGCAGCUUCCGCCCUUCUGUAUCUGCUGAUCACCGAGAUUCAGAGACACCAAGCACGCAUCCCGGGAUUCGAUGGCCCAUCGGGGCUGCCCAUGAUCGGUAACAUCCAUCAAAUUCGCGUCAACGCCGCAGAGCAGUACCGACUGUGGUCCCAGAAGUACGGCCAUGUGUACCAAAUCAUGCUGGGCAACAUCCCCGUCAUAGUGGUCAACGGCAGCAAAGCCGCGCGCGAGAUCUUCGGGGCCAACUCCCAGGCACUGGCCUCCAGGCCAGAGUUCUACACUUUCCACAAGGUGGUAAGCUCGACGAGUGGGACGACAAUAGGAACGUCUCCAUUUUCGGAGUCUUUGAAGAGGAGAAGGAAGGGUGCUGCAUCUGCGCUGAAUAAACCGAGUGUGGCAACGUACAUCCCGCACAUCGACGUCGAGACACGGGAUUUCUUAAACGAGUUCCUCACUUACGGAGACGGUGGACGGACACCCGUGGACCCGAUGCCGAUGAUCCAACGCCUCUCGUUAUCGUUGGCAUUGACCUUGAACUGGGGCACCCGUAUGGCGUCUCAAAACGACGAACUAUUCGGCGAAAUCACACACGUCGAGGAGGAAGUGUCUAAAUUCCGUUCCACCACAGGCAAUCUACAGGACUACAUUCCGCUUCUUCGCCUGAACCCGUUCAACUUCGGGAGCGCCCACGCCCGCGACAUGCGGCGCAGGAGAGACGUCUACCUGAAGAAACUGAACGAUGACUUGGACGACCGGAUGGCGAAAGGGAUCCAUCAACCAUGCAUCCAGGCGAACAUCAUCCAGGACAAGGAAGCGAAGCUCAACAAGGAGGAACUCAUCUCCAUCUCGCUCACCAUGCUCUCCGGCGGGCUGGACACGCUGACGACGCUGGUCGCGUGGUCGAUGGCCCUACUUGCGCAACGGCCCGAGAUCCAACAAAAGGCUCUCGAGGAGAUCCGCAAGGUCUACCCUGCGGACCAGAUCCUGUGUGACGCGUACGACGACCAAUCGAUCCCUUACAUCGUGGCCCUGGUCAAGGAGUUGCUGCGGUACUACACCGUCCUGCGACUCAGCCUGCCCCGCGCCACGGUCAAGGACGUCGUGUACAACGGACACACAAUCCCCAGUGGGAGCGUCGUCUUCCUCAACGCCUGGGCCUGCAACAUGGACCCGGAAGUGUGGACUGACCCCUUCACAUUCCGGCCCGAGCGCUGGCUCGACGAGAACCCGGACGCCCCUCUUUUCACGUACGGUCUCGGGUAUCGGAUGUGCGCGGGCAGUCUGCUUGCGAACCGCGAGAUGUACACCAUCUACCUGAGGCUGCUCAGCGCGUUUGAGAUCAAGGACGUCCGCCCGGCCGAUGGGGGCACUGGCGUCGUCGACACGCACCCCGUCAAAGGCAUCCAGGAUGCUACGCAGCUGGUGAGCGUGCCGCGUCGGUAUACCGUGCGGGUGGUGCCGAGGGAUGAAGAGGUCUUGAGGAAGGCCUUGAAUGAGUAUGAUGAAAAGCAUUCUUGA